CUUCGUCUACUCACUCUACUGUAGUGUUUACCGCCGUUUUAUAGCCAUUUUUAAUAUUGAAAAUUUUACACCGGAUUUGGAAAAUCUGACACAGACCAAGUUUGCUUUGUAAUUAGUGUCGUAAAUUUUGAAUUCGGAGGAAGCUGUACCGUCAUUCGUCCAGUCCCGUGUGAUGAGUCUUUGAAGUUGCGCAUCUGUGGGCCCCAAUCAUCCAUCAUGGAGGAGAGCCAACUUGCAGAUCCCAGCGCGACGAUGAGUGUUUUACGCACUCUGAAAUUGGCUCUUGCCACACGGGAACAGGAAUUAUUUAUCGCUAAGGCUAAGGCGGAUCGCUUCGCGAUAGAGAACCAACAGCUUUCGGUGGCCAACUCCGAUCUGCAGAACCACUUUGUCGAUUUGGAGCACAGGAUCGUAGAAAACACAUCCACGCACUUCCGGAAUUCGAAAAAUCUGGAGGAGAAUUUGGUCAAUCUGCAGGAAGAAUUGUGGACCGAAAGGGAAAAGAAUGGCAUCCUUGUCAAGCAGUUGGACAGCCAAAAAGUUCGAGCGGAAAAUUCUUAUCGUGAAGUAUCAAAGGGUAAACUGACAAACGAAAAAUUAUUGCAUCAUUUGGCAGAUCAGCAUAACUUACGCGAAUCGGUGCUCAGUGGUUUUCAAGAGAAUGUUCAGCAGUUGACGCGAUACUGUGGACAACUGGAAAACGAGGCGCUGGACAAUGAGCAGACUCGACAAACUAUAGAAAAAUUGUACGCCGACAAAAUGGAUUCACUACAGUCAACCAACGAAAAGCUCUCUGCUGAUUUGCGCCUUAAAGUUUCGAAAGUGGACGAACUCGCAAAAGAACUGGAUUUUCACAAACGUUAUUUCGAACGCCUAUCGGAAAACCCUACUGAGCAGUUCAAAUUGAUUUCGGAACUGUACGCUGCCCUGGUUGCUGCUGAAAAUAAGACGGCUGAUCUGGAGCAACGCGAUCAUGAUGUCACUGAAUAUCGUAAUCAGGCAGAAAAAAGUAUGAACGAAAGCAAUGACGAGUCAUUCCGGUUACGCAAUGCCCUGCAAGAGUCUGAGGAUGCUUUACGGAAAACGCGGAAGGAGUUAUUUGCCCUAAAGGAGAUUUCGGCAGGACAAAGUACCCCCGUAGUGGAGAUAUCGGAUUCCGUCGCAAACGCUAGAGAAAUCGAAUUGCAUCAGCUCCAAGAUACAGAUUCGGAGAAAAGUCGGUUUUUUUCCCUGCUGGCCGCAAAUUCUGAACUCUUCGACAAAUGCAUUGCCCUUGCUUCAAAUGAAAAUGUUCUCUGGGCAUUUCUUUCCGAUCAUGAUAAAGGGCAGUAUCAGCGAGAACGGAAAGAACUGAAGAGCCAGUUGAAAGCGGCAUUGGCUGAAGCGGUAUUUUUACGCACUCAAGUGGAGCGACUGCAGACCGAUCACGCCGCAAUGGAGUCUUUCAGUAAUCCGGAUCACAGUGCGACUGAUUCCAAUUUGGUCAGCGAUCUAAAGGCUAAGAACGACCAACUGAAGCAGGUGGAAGAGAAUCUUCGGGUGGCGCGGUUUGAAGUGCAAAAAUGGUCUGGGUUAUGUGACGUGAAUAAGCAGAUGCUGCAAGCGAAGAACAAGCAAUGUGAUGAGUUGGUCGAGAGGGAACGGAAGCGACUGGAUGAAGUUGUCGCUGAAAAGAAAAUCACCAAUGAUCUUCGAAUGGAAAAUAAGACUUUAACUGAACGGAUUGCUGAGAUACAGGCGGCUCAUAACCACUGCUCUGAACAACUGGCGACUGAAAGUGAAUUAAAUGGAAGAAUUGUUCAACUGAAAGCCGAAGUGGAAUCUUUGAAGUUUCGAUCUGAACAACUGCGCGCGCAACCGCAAUUUACCACCGAAGUCGCCGCAUUACGUGCAGAGCUUUCCGACAACAAACAACGUAACAGCGAACUGCGUGACAAAAAUAAAUCUUUAACUGAAAAUCGCAGCCAGUUACUAGAAAAAGUUACCGCACAACAGAAAACAAUAACAGAGUUGGAGCAGAAAUACCAAAACGAGCUUCAUUCUCACGAAACCGUUUACGAGGAUGUCGGUGAACUGCGGAAGGACGUUGAUCUCCUGAAAGCCAGUUUGUCUGAAGCAGAUAAGCGGGCAUCGUCACUGCAGGCUGCCUUGAAUGAAGCGGAACUUCUGCAUCAACGGAAAACGGAAGCUCUUCAAUCAGAGCUGCAGUAUUUGACGGAAGAGAGAAAGAAUUCGGACACUUGGCGGGAAAUCGUAUGGGAAGGAUUGCGAAAUUCCGCGGAACGAUCCGAUUCGGCUGACAUUAUUGAUACAGACAUAAUCGUGAAGCAUCUGAAAACUGAGAAUGAUUUGUUAAAAAAGCAGCUUAAUCUAGCUAAAGACGAAUAUUUGACGCUGACCCUGCGCAUCGGAAGCGCACAUACAGCGUCCUCACCCUGGCAUCAUCAAAGCGAUACUGUUUCUGGAAGAAAUGUGGAAACCAUUGCUUGGGAGCAGAAAUAUCGCGAAAAGAAAGAACGCCUCAGCAUUGCUAUCGAAAAUUCCGGAUAUUUGCGCAGACAGUUAGCUGAAACUCAGGCAAAUUCCGAACAGUUGAAUCGAAAGUUGGAAGAAUUUGAAGCGAUAAUUUCAUCGCUCCAGGAAAAUGUCCAGCAGCUGGAACGGGAAAAGAUCAGUCAAAUGGAGCAAAACAAAAAUUUGCAGCAGCAGUUGGAUGCUUCAAAUAAGCGUUUCGAUAAUGACCAGCAGCGGCAUGAAAUUGCGAAACUGAAACAGGAAAAGGCUGCUGCUGACAGGAAAUACAGACAGGACCUGGAACGAAUAAACUCAGAGAACGUUAGUCAGAAUCAGAAACGCUUGGAGGAGAUCAGAACGAUGAAUAAUGAAGUACUAAAAUCCAAAGAUACGGAAGUUCAGAAUCUCAAGGAAGCGUUGAGAAAAACGCAAGAAACUCACGGAAAACAGGUGAAAGAUUUGGAAGCGCAAUGCAACCAGAUGAAGGUCAACAUGGAACUAGAAAAGCAGGACUUGUCCAAAAGGGUUGAGAUUGCUGAAAAACAGCUAGCUGCAGCCAAUCGGACCAAAUCCCAAGCGACUGAACGUUAUAAUCAAGAGACUUCUCAGUUGAAGGACCAACUGGCACAGUCGCACAAAGAACUAACAGAAGCCCUCGAAAAGGUCCAACGGUUUGAGUCGCCUGCAACUUUGUCAACUCGUCCGCUUAUGCCGGUUAUUCGUCCAAAUCCGAGUCAGCCACCAUCAGAGACAGGGGUGUCUCAAGGAGGGUCCGGGCUGCCUCGAAAACCGGUGGCUCAGACGUCACCGAUGCCGUCAUCAUUGAAGUCCACGGCCGUUGUCAUUCCCCAUUCUCAUCCCAUAAACACAAUUCACAGGGUUAUGCCUCAGAUACGCUUACCAGAUUCCAUUCCAUUUCUGGCAGUUAAUCCACAGGCUGUGGAGAGUGGUAUCAGUCCGCAGCCUGGCCCCAGCUCCGCAUCGACUUCCAUGGUACACCUUUUGGUUUUCACCACGAGUCGGCUUCGUCCAGCCGCUUAUUGGAAGGAAGCUUGCCGAGCACUUCCAUGGGAGAAUCAAAUUACAGUUUCGGCACUGAAAAGGGCACGCGAAAGUGAGCAAGGCUCGCCAGAACAGAAACGUCGGCGUGACACCUCCCCAACAUCGUCGGAUGUCACUAGUAGCACUAAUACGGCACGAAACUCACUUGGACAAGUGGGAUCAGCGAGCUUGUUACGAGCACGAGCUAAUUCACGUUCGGCCUUAUCCUCUCCCACUCUUCAUCUGGAAUUAUCAGGAGAAAAGAGGCUCGAGAGAGUGAGUGGUGCGGUCGAAGAGCCGCUUGUCCUUGCUGUUCCAGCGCAGGAUUUGCAGGAAUCCAGUGUGGAGGAAUCAAGUUUCGUAUCUGAUUCGGAUACUUUACGAGACAGAUCAGCCGCUGGCUCCAUCCAAGUUGACCGCGCCGAUACUGAUGCUUUCACCGAUUAUGAUACGGAUGAUAGCCAAGAUGUGCAGCCGAGCUCUGACGUGCGACGUUCCGUGAGCAUACGCUUACCAGGAAGUAGUGGGCACGUGGAGCUUCCAGAUGAUGCUCCCGACCUAAUGGUCUCCCGACCGGAGAACACAGCCGCUACGUCCCGAGAAUUCGGUUGUCUAGUCGGUAGCAGUAUCGCUGAUAUUGACGAACCAGGCACGUCAUCCCUGGCUGGGCGUUCCAUGGCUCCCGAACUGCCCACUUUAAUGCGGCCAUCGGUGGUGAUCCAUACUAACCCGUUCUUGGCGCCACCACGUACCCCUGGCGCUUUUUCCUCUGCGUACGACGUGGGCGACGAAGCUUCGUACGGUGUUGUCCCGUCUACUCCCAAAAUUCUUAUUCCACACCGCGGAGACGAGAACAGCAUGAUGCCACAAGUACCUUCGCUUUUUUUCGGCCCCUCCGAAGCUAUUGAAGAUGUUACUGCUUCACAAGUUCCGCCAACCCCUUAUCAACCCGAUAUUGAGUUUUUCGGUCAGAAUUCGGAAAAUGCUUCGGAAGAUAGCGAAAGUUCUUUUCCGGCGGAUGAUGAUGUGCCCGGUCCAGUUCCUUCUACAUCCCGAGGUCGUUCAGCUGCAUUGAAUGCCCGAUUGGAAGAAGUGGAAAUCGCUGAUGAUGCUCAGCCGGCCGACAUUGAUGGGGGUUUUGCUGAAAAUUUCCCAGAGUCACCUGGGCCAAUGUCGGUUGAGCCGGCCGUUCCUUCGCCCGGGAGCAUCGAUUCUGUUGAAGCAGUGGACAUGGAUAUCAACGACCCUCCCACAUUAAGCGCCCUUCCAGUUCGACUGUCUCCGACUCGUCGCAUACUACGUCCACGGCGUUCACAGCCAUCAGGACGUAUACGUAGUGCUUCUCCAGGUUCGAUUUCUCCCGGAAUAAGCAUCGCAUCUAGCAGUGGAAUACUGGGAUCCUCUCGUCAGCGGCAACCUGUUAUCGCACCUUCGGCAGUGUCCAGUGCUCGUGGUAUCGCUGCGACUCGUGGCAGUGGCUCUGCUGUUGCAGGCGGACGUCUUUCGCUUCUCGCUACCCGUCCGACGCGAGCUGCACGUGGCCGUGGACGUGCUAGACGAGCCCGAACUGGACAUCAGUGAGAAGUUUACUUGAAAGUAUGCACUGGAUUUCUGUUGAAAUUUGGUUCGAAUUCCCCUGUUAUUGACGGAAUUGACUUGCUGUUUCAGUUGCUUAUUAAAUGUUCCGUCGUUCCUGCUUGUUUAUGCGUAAAUUGCGGUUCCACCUCAUUUCGCAGCAGCAGUUAAUUUGCCGUUGCGUACCAGUUUACGUUUUUUCGCCAUAAUGUAAUAAGGGUGUGUUUUUUAACUGUUAUCCGUGCGCACGAUUGUAUUAAAUUUCUACUCGUAGUUUACUUUCGAUGUUGAGUUCAUAUUUCAUUCAGUCAUUUUGGAUCUGU